AUGUCCACCAACAAACCGAAAACCCCCUAUUUUUCCAACGGACAGGCUCUACAGAGCCCUCCGCUGACCGUCCGCGCCUCCCGCUUCGCAGAGAGCGUUUACAACUUCCUCGGCCUCUAUGUUGUCAGCUUCUUCUCUCUCGACCCGUACGCCGCCGCGCAAAACUCCCAAUUCAACAUCCACCGCCCCCGGACUUCGGCGACGCCGCGUUCACGGUGGGGUGGUGGGAGCUCAAGCUCAAGCUUCUGGGGGCCUGGAGGCGGUGGUGGAGGCGGUGGUGGCGGCUCUGGGCCGGGCUCAGGACCCGGGAGACGUAUUGGGCGCGUGGAUGAUGUUCGGGGACCGGAGUGUGGGAGUUGUCGGUGA